AUGCCAAGUGAGACUGUGUCAUCGUUGUCGGAGUCUGUAAAGAGAGGAGACUCGGAACGAGCACAUUUGGCAGGAGGAGGUGAUUCGAGACGAUCUUUGAGAGACUUCUUAACGGGAAGAUCCAGGGGUGGUAUCCAGUUGAAAAAUCCCAAAAAACACGGUAAUUACCGCGUUUUAAAGUUGCCAGUUGCCAUGCACUGCGGCGAAAUCGUCGCCCUCUAA